AUGGCGCCGGGGGACGUGGAGCAGGCGCGCUACUGCGGGCGCCUCUCCUACCUCUGCCUCAAAUUCACCCUCGUCGCCUACAGCACCGCCUUCUGGAUAAUUGGAGCAUUUGUUCUCGGUGUUGGAAUUUAUGCAGAAGUUGAAAGACAAAAGUACAAAACCCUGGAAAGUGCCUUUCUAGCUCCAGCAAUUAUUUUAAUCCUUUUGGGUAUUAUAAUGUUCCUUGUGUCUUUUGUGGGUGUGCUGGCAUCGUUGAGAGACAAUUUAUGCCUCCUUCAAGCAUUCAUGUACAUCCUUGGUAUUUGCUUGCUGAUUGAGCUGACCGGGGGAGUCAUGGCGCUGAUCUUCAGAAACCAGACCAUCGACUUCCUGAACAACAAUAUCAGAAGAGGCAUCGAGAAUUACUACGAUGACCUGGACUUCAAGAACAUAAUGGACUUCGUUCAGAAGGAGUUUAAGUGCUGUGGCGGGGAAGAUUUUAAGGACUGGUCACAGAACGUGUAUCACAACUGCGCUGCGCCGGGACCGCUGGCCUGUGGAGUGCCUUAUAGCUGCUGUGUCAGAAAUAAGACAGACAUUAUCAACACCAUGUGUGGAUACAAAACUAUUGACAAAGAGCGUUUGAGCGUUCAGCACCUCAUAUACGUGCGCGGGUGCACGGACGCGGUGCUCAUCUGGUUUCUGGACAACUACAGCAUCAUGGCUGGCGUCCUGCUCGGGAUACUGUUACCGCAGUUCCUGGGCGUGCUGCUGUCCCUGCUGUACGUGAGCCGCGUGGAGGACAUCAUCGCCGAGCACAAGCUCACAGAAAGGCUCUUCGACGGGCCGAGCGCGGAGCCGGAGCUCGCUGCCGCCGGCUGCUGCAUGUGCUACCCGGGCUGA